GCAGGGUUUCUAUAUAACUCCUUGACCAUCGCACAGUUUCUAAUUAACUCAGUUAGACUUUGUUCCAAGAGAAAGACCAAUCAAAGCAUCAUGACUAAAGUUGUGUGUGCACUUCUUCUUAUUUUUGUCAUGGCUUUUGUGACUCAAGUUGCUUAUGGUGGCGGCGAAGGAUCACUUACGCCCCAAGAAUGUCCGGGGGCUUGCGAUUAUCGUUGUUCAAAGGCUGAUCGGACUAAGAAGGCGUGCCUGAACUUCUGUAACAUGUGCUGUGCGAAAUGUCUGUGCGUUCCAUCAGGAACCUAUGGUCACAAGGAAGAAUGUCCAUGUUAUAACAAUUGGAAAACAAAGAGAGGAACACCCAAGUGCCCCUAAUUCAACUUCAUUAUUGAUAUUCAUCAAUAAAAUGUGUAUUCUUGUGGCGUGCUAUGGUAUAUGCAUGCCCUCCGUAAAUAAAUGUGUCUGCGCUUAUCUUAUUUUCA